AUGGGUACUGCUGGGGAUAUCAGAGCCCGUCUUCGGGCAAAGUUCUCACGGAGGAAUUCGGCUGCCCCGUCUCUGGCUUCCAACAAGAGCACCGGCGAUGCUCACAACUCUCAGGCAACUGAUGGGACGAGUCUCACGCGGCAAUCCUCGGCCGCUGCAUCCGCUUCGGUUCCCAGGUCCAGAGCAAGCUCACAGCACCCGGAGCACACGCCAGUCUCGCCCUUGCCCUCGCGCUCGCCGACUCCACACCAGCCACACCACCAGCUGGAGAUGCACCUGCAGGCACAGCCACAGCCCACCACAGUACAACCCCCCAGCAGCGCAGGCGACCACUUGGUGCAGCCGAGAUUGAAGGCAAUUACGGCUGGGGCUGCCGCUGCUGGGGCGGCUGCAGAGGCACAGGGUGAAGCAGAUAGCGAGGACGGGCAGCUGCCGCCACAAUCGUCGUCGCCGUCCAGGUCCCCCCAUUCAAUGGACCACCAACAAAGACAACAACACCAUGAGCACCAGAUUAAACGUGACAGUAAUGGUGAUGAUGAAAAUAAAGGUCAUGAUGCCUCUCACAACAGCGGCCAGAUUUUGGUAGUACAACACCACACCAUUGCCACGACUAAUAUUGCCGACCCAACGCCCGACAACCAACAAAGACCCGCCAGCAGCGCCAGCAAUAAGGUCGGAGACGCUUCGACUGGGUACGAGGAGGACGCUCACAAGCCACACCCCGAUAUCGACUCGCUGGCUCCAAUGCCGCGCGCCGCGUCUGAAGGACGCUUGGCUAGUGAACCGACAGCCAGCAGCGAUCUGCGCCCGUCCGCAACAACCACAACCACUGCUUCUGGCGCUACCCUCACUGCCAUCAGCAGUCUCCCAAGCAUUCACGAGGAUCAAACCCCACCCGGAUUCGACGACAAAAAGCAGACACUCCAUCUGCCGCAGUCGUACCAGCCAUUGCCGCCAAAACUAGGCGCGGCUCCCACCGUCACCCUCAAAGCGGUCUCUGCUGAGGACCUCAACGACGAUCAACACGAUCCCCUCAGCCAUGCCCUCGGUACCCCGACGCCUCUUGCAACCGCCAUCCUACCGAACUCGCCCUUGUCAUCCCGCCCAGAAGCGCCUCCCCGCCGACAGAGCCUUCUACCCAAUCGGCAAACCACUUUGAUUCGAAACCUGCUCGAAGGACGUGCCGAAAACGAAGCUGGACCAGCCAGCGCCGAUUCUUUGAUCCCCAACAUUGCAAACAUGGUCACCCGCAAGGUCUGGGUUAGGCGUCCCGGUGCUUCUGCCACACUCAUCACCGUCAACGAGGACGACCUGGUCGAUGACGUGCGCGACAUGAUUCUGAGAAAGUACGCCAACUCGUUGGGCAGGCAUUUCGAUUCUCCCGACCUCACUCUACGGAUAUGCCCACGGGAACAGAGACAGGAUCGUCUACUGGGGCCGGAAGAGCCCGUGGGCCGUACCCUCGAUGCCUACUUCCCCGGUGGCCAGAACGUCGACGAAGCCCUCGUUAUCGAUAUUCCAGCCCGGCGUACGCCUAGACCAUCACCGCGCGCUCCGACGCAUGCUACAACCAUCUACUAUAAUGACGAAGGCCGGCCUUCCGAGGCAGGCGAGGGGUAUUUCCCGCCCGUUGCAAACGCUGCUGCUGCUCUUCCGUCGCCAAACCUUCCCAUCCCCGUCGUCGCUCCAGUCACUGUCCCUGCAACGCAUCCUGCACAUCCUGCCCAUCCAGUUCACCCGGCUCAUCCCCUUACUGCACACACUCAACACUCGAUUGCAAUCCUCGGAACGGGUCAAGUGCCGCCGAUACCCUCACCCGGGGGCACAAGGUCUCGUGCCUACAGGGAACGCCCGGAACGUCCUCGCCUUGGGAGAACCCAUACCUCCUCACCUACGAUACUGAAUCAAGUAAAUACUCAAUCCAUGGCGGCCGCAGCAGUCACUGCUGCACAUCCCACCCACUCGUUCCACCCACGCCUCCCACCUUCCAGAACGCAGUCGAACACAUCGGAGCAAUCCAACGCCCAGCCGGCUGCCCCGCCGCUUCCAACAUCACCCGCUCCGGAGGUACAGCCUGCAAGAGUUGCUACCCCGCCACCGAGGAUUGCUUCUCCUCGCCCAGCAAGUUCUCGGCCUAAAAAGAAGAAAACAGUAGACCAUCCAACUUUGCCGGCUGGCAUAUUGAAUGGCGGCGUGCCACCUAUCAACGUGUUGAUCGUAGAGGACAACCCGAUCAACCUCAAGCUGCUCGAGGCUUUCGUCAAACGUCUAAAGGUGAGGUGGAAAACGGCAGUCAAUGGCCGAGAUGCUGUCACCAUGUGGAGGACCGGCGGUUUCCAUCUCGUUCUGAUGGACAUCCAACUUCCCAUCAUGAGCGGACUGGAAGCGACCCGAGAGAUCCGUAGAUUGGAGAGAGUCAAUUCGAUCGGCGUCUUCUCUUCGUCGGCAGGAAGCGCGCCUGAAGCCCCCAAUGGCGAGCCAGAGGAAAAGGACAAGUUGACCAACAUGGAGCUCUUCAAAAGCCCAGUGAUUAUCGUGGCCCUAACUGCCAGCUCCCUCCAGAGCGAUAGGCACGAGGCCUUGGCGGCCGGUUGCAACGAUUUCCUUACAAAGCCUGUAAACUUUGUCUGGCUAGAGAGGAAGGUUAUGGAAUGGGGAUGCAUGCAAGCGCUCAUUGACUUUGAUGGCUGGAGGAGAUGGAAGGACUUCUCUCAGCAGAAUGACGAAGCCGAAGCAAAGAAGUCGGCCGCGUUGAAGACGAAGGCAAAGAAAAAUCGCUUGUCGAUGACUUCGGUGCCAGCUUAA